GGUAAAGAAAAAUUUCUAAUCCAAUGGAAAGGUUAUUCCAAACCUACAUGGGAACCGCGCGAAAACUUGGACGAUUGUGCCCUUCUCCUCGAUUCAUUUUACAAAGUAGCGAAAGAUACCGAACCUGAAUCUGUUACACCUACAGGUGUUCCGACUGACGAUGAUUUUAAACAAAAGUUAUUGGAAGCUCAUCAAUCUAGUAUGCACUUAAAUAUGGAACUUUACGAUAGGCUAAUUUUAAAACGCGGUGUCAAAGAUAAUAGUGACAUUGGCCCGAAGAUAGAGAAUGUUCCAAUUGUAUCUUUUGGAGGUAUAUCUAGACAGAAUAGUACUAGCUCUAGUAGUUCUAGAGGUGAAAUGGCUUGUCUAGAAAAAAAAGAGUUUGAACGAAGGGCUCCUGAACGGCCUUGUCAACUGAAUUAUUUUACUAUAAGUGUGCUACUAUUUUUUACUAUUAUAGAGUCACGACUUAUUAUCACUUAUGAUUUGAGCCCAGAUCAUGAAUUGAGUUAA